UCAGUACGACAUCUUAAAACGUUACACUGCAAAAAUAACGUGACCUCCACACCAUUACCGAGCGUAUCCCGCAAAAUAAUCAAUCAACCCAUUGACUGUAAUACCAAUGGCGCAAUGGGAUUUUGUACUUUAAUGAUCUGGGGAGCAUCCCAACUCGUGCAAAUAAGGUUUGCUGCAUGUGUUGCCGCUGCCAGCUCUACAUCCGCAUUAUACCAACAGGUUUGAAAUGUUACGACGACUCUUCACUCAGCGGCAUUCAAAUGAACUAUGGCAAGUUGGCAGGAUUGCGUUAUACCGUGUCAACAAAACGCAAGCGAUCGGGGCUUCGCCAGUCAAUUCUCCCUGUCUCCCAAGUCGCCUCUUAAGUAGUGGGAGUCCACACAAAAAGGAGACUGUCGAUUUAGACAAAUGGAAAUCCGUCAUGAAAUCCCAAUCUCCAUCCGCUGAGCAAAAUGAUGCUGAGGAUGAUGAAACACGUGGCGAGGAUGAAGUCCCACAAGGAAGUUCAAGUUUGGAGGCAGCUCGGGAGCUGGUUGCAAUGUGGCGGCUGGCUGGUAAACUGGUACCUCAAGAAAUUUCUGAUGAGGAGUUGAAGAUCUUUGCCGAGCUCACCACUAAGUCAGCUCGAAAAAAGUACCUCAAGUAUCUGGCAUUGAGGGAAAUCCAUAAAAGAGCACGCAAGGACAAGCAGCAACUCAAGAAAGCGGAGAGGGAAGCAUCGCUGGAGCAGAAGAGAGAUCAAAACACAGAUGGGGAUCAGAAAGAAGUUAGAAAUACUUUUCUACUCCAGUUCUGGGAUCGCAACAUGGACCGACUGCUGGCCUGGAGGAGCAUCCAGGCCAUGUUGUUUGACCAGCCUUUGGUCCUUGACAUGAGCUACGAGUCCAAUAUGUCCAGACGGGAGAUUGAAAACACAGUGUCCCAACUGAUGGAGGUGGAAGGAUGGAACAGACGUGCCAAGGAGCCUUACCAUCUCCAUUUUUGUAACCUACAACCAGAUGGAGCCUACAUGAAGGAGUUCCUCAAGCGCUAUGGAGCUGAAACCUGGGACCGUCUGCUCAUCACCAACACAGAGGCUCACGCUGUUGACGUGUUUCCUCGCGAUCGCCUUGUUUACCUCACUGCAGACUCCCCCAAUGUUCUCCGCACCUUCGACCACUCCAAAGUCUACAUCAUCGGCGCUCUCGUGGACCGGUCGAUUCUUUCCGGCUUGUCACUGGCCAACGCAAAGCGUCUGAAAUUGGCCACAGCCCGUUUACCGCUGGACGAGUUCCUCCACUGGGAGAUGGGAGCCAAAAACCUGACCCUGGACCAGAUGAUACGCAUCAUGUUGAGCAUGAAAGAAACAGGGAAAUGGCAGGAGGCGCUACAAUUUGUGCCCAAGAGGAAGCAUGUUGGCUUUAACCAGAACCAGCAACAAAUCACCAGUCAUGGACCAGGAGAGAAUGGGGAUAGGUCUUCAAAACACAUGGGUCCAAAAAGUAAAAAGACACUCAGAAGUGGAGAUCAAAGUGCAUUCAAGUACAAAGGAGAGUUUGGCUUCACUGGGAUGAACCGAGUGUCUGGAGCAUCUCGACCAGCUCCAACUAGAGUGCGGACAUCUCUUAAGAGUAGCAUGGAAGGAAGACGUGAGAGCAAAAGCAGGGCGUGGUGGGAUGAUGAUUUCUCUCUCUCUCUCUCUCUCUCUCUCUCUCUACUGGCCAACGCAAAGCGUCUGAAAUUGGCCACAGCCCGUUUACCGCUGGACGAGUUCCUCCACUGGGAGAUGGGAGCCAAAAACCUGACCCUGGACCAGAUGAUACGCAUCAUGUUGAGCAUGAAAGAAACAGGGAAAUGGCAGGAGGCGCUACAAUUUGUGCCCAAGAGGAAGCAUGUUGGCUUUAACCAGAACCAGCAACAAAUCACCAGUCAUGGACCAGGAGAGAAUGGGGAUAGGUCUUCAAAACACAUGGGUCCAAAAAGUAAAAAGACACUCAGAAGUGGAGAUCAAAGUGCAUUCAAGUACAAAGGAGAGUUUGGCUUCACUGGGAUGAACCGAGUGUCUGGAGCAUCUCGACCAGCUCCAACUAGAGUGCGGACAUCUCUUAAGAGUAGCAUGGAAGGAAGACGUGAGAGCAAAAGCAGGGCGUGGUGGGAUGAUGAUUGAUGACGUAACUAAAUGGACACAUUGUAUCCAUCUGCAUUUGCGAGAAUUAAAUAAUGAAAUACUGUCGUUG